UUCCUGCAAUCUGACUCAGCGGAUAAUUGGCAAUCCUAAAUCCUGUGCAACCCUCCGCACGGCAAGACAACGAAUCUUACAGAUUUAGCGAGGUCUGGGUUCACAUGACGUAUUGCAUAUAUGAACAGCAGCAAGCCACCACGGUGUCACCAACCUCAAUCUACCCAUCAUCAUCGCGCUUGACUGCAGAGAAUAGCCGACGCUAUGACUGACGAUCUUGCGAGUGAGCGAUUGCACAAACUCGCCGGGUUCUUCGCAAACAACCCAUCCAUCCAAUAUGCCACCCCGUCCUCUCCCAAGUAUGCGGAGCUGCGCGCGGCAUAUGUGUCUCUACCCGACUUGAAUCCCCUUGUGAUCGCUCGUCCAUCUACCGUGGAGGCUGCGGCCUCUGUGGUGUCCUUCGUGGUGGCUAACGACAUCCCAUUCACAAUUCGGUCGGGAGGCCACGAUUCCUUUGGGCGAUUCUUCCGAAAUGGGGCGGUCGCGGUCGACAUGCGUUUGAUUAACUACGUCGAGAUUGAUCAGGAUUCCUCGACCGCGCAAAUCGGGGGAGGCAUCCUCGGCGGGGAUCUGAUCCGUGCGCUGCAGAAGCAUGGGCUGGCCGCUGCAGUCGGGACGGUCUCCUCGGUCGGAUACGCGGGAUGGGCGAUGUACGGUGGCUACGGACCGUACAGUUCCGAGUUUGGAUUGGGAGUCGAUCAAAUCCUGGCAGCCAAAGUUAUCAACGCUCAGGGGGGGCUGGUGGACGCCGACACAGAGCUGCUCAAAGCCCUUCGUGGCGCGGGGGGAGCAUUCGGGGUUGUCGCUGAGCUCACGAUUCCGGUGCACCGCCUGGCUCAAACUCUCGCAGGCGCCAUUGCGUUCCAGUCCGAUGACCUCCCUGCAGUCAUCCGACAGUACAACACGGGCUACCAGGCUUUAUGUGCCGAAGGGAUCCCUGCAGAACUCACCCUGCAACAGAGUGUCCUCAACCUUCCUCACGGUAAGACCUUGGUUGUCCUGUUCGUUUGGGCGUCCUCCGACACCAAGACUGGACAAUCAUGGGCCGAGAAAAUCAGCGCUCUAGCUCCGGUGGCUCACAACGCCGUCCAACCAACAACGCCCCUUACCUAUCUGACCGACACGGAUCGAAUGGUGCCGUCCCAUACGCGUGGGCAUGUGUGGACGAUCAGCCUGAAGCAAUUGAGCGAAGAGGUUUUAGAAGUGAUCUCCACCAGCGGUCACUCCGACUCUGUGUUUGCGGCCAGGGAAGGCCAUUUCGUGUUCGAGAUUAUUGGAAAUGCGCAGCGCGAAGAGAAUCUGGAUCUUGCGACCGCGUGGGGGCAGGACUUCUGGAACGAGCUGAGCCGCACCGAUCAGGAGAAUGCUCUCCCGUCGACGUAUCUAUCUUUGACAGCCCCGGAGGAGGUGCAGAUGCCGCGAACGUUCGGGGAGAAUUAUGCGUGGUUGGUGGAGAUGAAAGGCAAACACGAUCCUCGAGGGGUGUUUGCGGCGGCCACGGCGAGGUUUUGAGAUGUCUGUUCGACCUGUGCCUGAUUAUUUGACUCUCUUUCUAUUCCACUUCUUGCUUAACGUUGCAAUGACAAUCAGAAAUAGGACACCGAUGUGCACGGGAGGUUUGUCUUCAGCGUUCUUGGGCGUAGAAGCAACUAGAAAGCGACCUCCAUCGUGACCAGC